AUGGAUUCCAUUGAGUACGAUCCUCUAGAAGAUUUAACUGAGAUACUUUCAACCUCAGAUGCCAUUGACCAACUGGAUGAUUUGAUCGAUGGUUUACAAUCCUAUAAAAAAACUUUGGGCGAACAAAUAAACAUCACUUCCAUUGCAUGUGUUAAGGAAACUGAAAAGGAAAAUAAUAACAUAGACUUUUCGAUCAUCGAUGAAAUGGUUUCCACUUACAAUGAUUACAUUGAUCGCUCAGAAACCACACAAUCUGCAAUUUCAUUAUUAACACAAGAUAUUUCUACUUUAGAUAGAGCCAAAAAAAAUAUUACCCAAUCAAUCAAUAUAUUUUCUAAUUUGCAAGCGUUAUGUGAUAGUUAUGUUUUUUGUAAUAAAUAUUUACCCACAUUAAAAUUCAUUGAAAUAUCUAAAAAAUAUAGUUUAAUGUGCACCUUAUCUGAAUUUUUUUCUAAGGAGUAUAAAAGCGUUGAUGAAAUUAAUAAUUUAUUAAAAUUAGUUCAGGUUUUAAAAAACAACACUAUUGCAAGUAUUAAAAAAUGCUAUGUCAACCUGUUUAACGGGGAACUAUCAUCAUCAGCAGAAGAAGAAGCAGUAAAUCAACAGGAACUUAGCGUGGGUGUGUCCAAAAUUCUCGAUGCAGACCGUCCCAGUGUUAAAGCGGAUAUGAUAUACUGGAUUAUAGAUUCCAAAGUGUUGUAUGAACUUAAGGAAGUUUUCCAAGUUGAUGAUGAAGCCUCUUCUUUGGAAAAUUUGUCUAGAAGAUUUGUUUUUUUUAAAAAAGUUUUAAAUAAUUUUCAAGCAAAAUAUGCAAACUAUUUUCCCAAGGAAUGGGCUAUGGCUUACCAAAUUACUAAAGAGUUUUAUUCACUGACCAGAAAAGAUUUAAGAAUUAUAUUGAAAAGAGAAUUAUCUGGUGUUGGAGGUAGUAACAAUAUUGGCAACGUGACUACGUUAUUUAUGGAAUCUUUACAAACUACAAUGGAUUUUGAAAAAUAUAUUAAAGUGAAGUUUAGCAACAGGCUGAUAAAAGAUAAAAUACCAACUAUCUCUUCCUGUUUUGAGCCAUUUAUUACCAUUUGGAUAAACAACCAAAAUGUAACCAUCAAACAAAAAAUUAUAAAAUACAUGAGUGAACCUAAAUUGCCUGAUGUUUCUAGUGGUAAUAAUAGCACGGAUGGUAAUACAUUGAUAAUUCCGUCCAGUGCCGAUUUAUUUAGAACCUAUAGAUUCAUCUUGCAACAAACUUUUCAACUUUUAGAUGAAAAUAGCAACAAAGAGCAGUUAAUUUUUGACUUGGCUAGUUUUUUCCAGCGUUGGCUUAUUGAGUAUACUGAAAAGAUUUUAAGUCCUAUAAAUUUUCUUAAUCCAGCUGUUAACACAAGUGAUUCUUCUCCUGAUAAAAAAUCCAUAAUCAAAUAUACCGUUUUACUAAUAAAUACAUCAGACUAUUGUUCCACCACCAUUGAUGAACUAGUGCAAAAGUUAAGUGAGUACGUACCAAAUUCAAUAGAGAAAUUGGAGACUAUUUUUGCAAAGGCAAAAGACAAAAAUAGUGUGCUAAUAGCCAAUGGGUUGCAGACAUUAAUGAGUAAAGUAGUUGUCCCGGACUUACAGUUUGUUUGGAGAGAAUUUAGCAAUAUGGAUUGGGCUAACAUUACUAUUGAAGAUUAUAGUCGUUAUAUGGUUUCGUUGCAGAAAAUAUUAGGCAAUGAUAAUAAUAAUAAUAAUAAUAAUAAUGUUAAGGGUAGUAGUGGUAAUAAUAGUGUAUCCAUAGGAGAGAACCCUUUGAUCCAAAUAGUUAAUUAUUUUAAUAAAGAUAUUUAUGUUUGGAAUUUAUGGAAUAGAAUUAUUACGCACAUAUGUGAUUCAUUUUUAUUCAAUAUUGUGAAAAUAUUGGAGCCUUCCGCACCAUUUGCACCCAGUGAUCCAAGUAUUAAAAGUAUUAAAUUUAAGAAUGAAGCAGUCGUUAUUAAUAUUGGAGAACAGCUAUUAUUGGAUGCGGAAUUGUUAAAAAAGACAUUACAUUCAAUACCAAACUCGUUUGGUAACAGUGCUUCUUCUCCAAUAACUUCUUCUUCUUCAGCAAAAAAAAGGGCAGAUAGUUAUGUAGAUAGUAGUUUGGAUCCUAUAAUUAAUUUUAUUAAACUAUUAAUUGCACCAGCGGAUAAUCCAAAAGUCUACCAAGAACUGUUUUUAAGACUAACUAAUAAUUGUAUAAAUCCAGCUGUCUGGUCUUAUAUUUUAUGUUUGAAAAGUGUUGCAUGGAAUUUAGAUAAAUGGGUUCUAUUAUGGGGUAACGGGUUUCAAAAAGGCAAUAUAUCGGAUUGGUUUGUUUUUUCAAGGCCUACGGUUUCUUCGCAUUUCGUUUAUUUUAAUAAUCAAUUACUUAAUAUUACAGAUCCAAAAUGGAAGAAAUUUAUAAAUGGUUCAUUAAGAGUCAUUCCUAUUAAAACACGGGUAUCUAGUAAUAACAGUACAAGAAACAUUGCUUCUCCUACGUUGCAACAACAGAGCAACUUACAAAAAUUAGGAUCGAGAUUAUUCAAUAGGUAA